UGACAUCACAUUUGUGUUUUGACACAUAUUUAUCAAUAUUGUGAUUUUGAUUAAUUUUUUUGGCAUUUUGUAUUGUGCAAUUUCUGUUUAGUGUUGACAGGGAAAAAGUUUUAGUAAUUUUUGCAAUAAUAUAUUAAUUUAUGUAACUAUGACCGUAAUUAAAGGUAAUAAGACAUACUUUGUAAGGCCAGGUUCUGCCCAGCAAUCGGACACAGAAUCCUUACACCUGGGAAGCGCAUCAGCAAGUGACACAGAAUCACUUAAUAAUGAAACUGUUAGGCGACCAGUUAGAAUUUUCCAGGCAUUACCUCUUAGGUCUGUGCAACUGGAAGAUCAGACUCAUAUAAAAAAGUCAUCUGGAAAGAAGAAAUUAAGGAGAUACCAAAACCGAUGUGUCUUACAAACCCUACAAGAAGAAGAUGAACCUGAAAGCACCCUUAUUGUAAUUGUUGAUCCUUACAAAAGUCCAUUUCAUAGGCUCCUAGAAGACACAAAUGCCAUGCAGUUUUGGAAUAGUUUUAUUGAGAAAACUGAAGAGGAGCAGACUAACAUAAUAAAUGCAUUUUCCGAGCAAUACAAACCAGGCUGUGUUCAAACUAUUGGUGAUAAUUAUGUCGGUAGGGUUUCAUCCAGAGUUAAGAGGGAGUUUAAGAUGAAGAAGAAUUUGUCAAUUGAAAAUGUGAAGCUCUAUGAAUCACAGCUUAUUGAAUUCUUUACAUUGUCACCUGAGGAAGUUUAUGUGAAGAGCCCACCUACUAGUUUUGAUAGGUUGUUGCUAAAAGCUAUUGCUCAUUAUCAUGGUCUUCAAGUGAAAACUAAUUCUCCAGGUGAAAAUGCAAAACCCACAAUUGAAAUAUAUAGCCAUAAACAAAAAUGGGUUCCAGCAAAUUGUUUUCUAACUGACUUCAUUGAGCAACUGAGAUGAAAUCUCAUAAUCUCUGUAUUUUAUUAUUAAAAUGUUAUUUAGUUUUAAUUAUUUUUUAGUAGUAUAGUUGACCAUAUAUAAUAGUGAUUUUAAUUUGGAACUAGUCAGAGUUAGGUAUAUUUUUUAGUUUAUCCUAAAAAAAUACUUUAGGUUUACUUCUUAUGAAAAAUUUUAGUUGUAUGAUAGUAUGUAUUUGUAGCAUGAGGUGGCCAAAUAGCCGAGAGGAAGUCUGAAUGUCUUGUUUAUCAUAAAAAAUUUUUGUAUAUCCUAAUAUACCAUAAGAAAAUGUAGGUUUUGCUUACAUUUACGGUCAUCAAAUAUGUCUUUAUAAUAUGCAAUUUUGGUUUAGGGAAUAUUUAGUUUUAAUAUGUGAAUUUAUUAAAAUAAUUUGUGGUGUGCAUACCUAUUAUGCUAUUGUAUAGGGUUUUGUAUUUUUAUAAUACAAAAUUCACCUUUUCUAUAUAUUAAUAUCGAAGCUUACUGAUCAUUAAAAUCAAUUUAAUAUUAAGAUUUUUAUUUGAGACAUUAUUUAACUUUGUUCACCAAAUAUACAAUAUAAAAAUA